AGCCUCUCCAUGGAUGGAUGCUCGGAAGACCCCCAGUAAGAUUGACCUAUACGAUGUACGCAGGAGGCCCUGGUACAUUCAGGGAGCUGCCUCUCCCAAGGACAUGCUGAUCCUAGUGGACGCGAGUGGCAGUGUGUCUGGUCUGACUCUGAAGCUGAUCAAGACCUCAGUCAGUGAGAUGCUGGAGACUCUGUCUGAUGAUGACUAUGUCAACGUAGUUUAUUUCAACACCUGGGUGAAUAACACAGCAUGCUUUGACCAUCUGGUCCAGGCCAAUGUGAGGAAUAAGAAGAUCCUGAAGGAUGCGAUUCAGAACAUCUCUGCUAAAGGCAUCACCAACUACACCAAGGGAUUUGAGUUUGCCUUCGAACAGCUCUAUGCAACAAAUAUCACUAGAGCCAAUUGUAACAAGAUCAUCAUGCUGUUCACAGACGGAGGAGAGGAGAGAGCAUCGGCCAUACUUCAGGAAUACAACUCUGACAAGAAGGUGCGUAUCUUCACCUUCUCAGUAGGUCAGCACAACUAUGAUAAAGGUCCAGUCCAGUGGAUGGCCUGCGCUAAUAAAGGAUACUUCUAUGAGAUUCCCUCAAUCGGAGCCAUACGCAUCAACACUCAAGAGUACCUGGAUGUACUGGGCAGACCCAUGGUUUUAGCUGACCAGCUGGCCAAGCAGGUCCAGUGGACUAAUGUCUACCUCGACGCUCUGGAGCUAGGUCUGGUCAUCACAGGAACCCUACCUGUCUUCAACAAGACCAAGUAUAAAGAUUAAUUGGGCAUAGAGAUUCAGAACCAGUUGAUCCUAGGGGUGAUGGGGAUUGACGUGUCACUAGAUGACAUCAAGAAGCUCACACCGCGCUACACUAUCGGACCUAAUGGAUAUUAUUUUGCCAUCGACCCCAACGGAUAUGUGCUACUACACCCCAACCUCCAACCUAAGAACCCUAAAUUCCAGGAGCCUGUCACUCUGGACUUCCUCGAUGCGGAACUGGAGAACGACGUCAAAGUCCAGAUCAGGAUAAUUAUGAUAGAUGGGAACCCAGGUGAAGAGACCAUAGAGACUUUGGUUAAAACUCAGGAUGAGAGAUACAUCGACAGAGGAGUUAGGACGUACACCUGGGCUCAGGUCAAUGGAACAGACUAUAGCUUGGCCCUAGUCCUCCCAAUGUACAGUGAACACUACAUACAGGCCAAACUGGGAGACACCAUCAGACAGGCUAUGGCCAUGGACACUCUGCAGGUGGAGAGGUUUGAUGAGUUGGGACAUACCUUCAUUGCCCCCAGGGAGUACUGCAAAGGCCUGAAGGACAAGGACAACAACACCCAGUUCCUCCUGGACUUCAACCAGUUCAUUGACAGGAACACAGUGGAAGAGCCAUGUAAUAUGGCUCUGGUCAGUAGGCUGCUGUUGGAUGCUGGGUUGACGGCUGAUCUGGUCAAACUGUGGAAGGAGCAGACAUUGCACGGAGUCCUGGCCAGAUUUGUAGCCACUGACGGAGGGAUCACUAGAGUCUAUCCCAGAAGUGCUGGGGAGGAGUGGACAGAGAAUGCCGAGACCUAUGACUCAAGUUUCUACAAGAGGACUCUGGAUAACGACAUCUAUAUUUUCACUGCUCCAUAUUUCAACACUGUUCUGGAGUCAGGCUAUGAGUCAGGUAUUCUGGUGAGCAAGGCUGUAGACCUCAACAUAGGUAGAGUCAACCUCAAACCAGCGGUGGUGGGAGUGAAACUAAACGUCUCUGUCUGGAUGAACAGCUUCAUGAACGCCACCAUCAAAGUCAACUGCAAGGAUGAAAUAUGUGGCUGUCUGAAGAAUGAUAAGCAUGUUGACUGUGUCAUCUUGGAUGAUGGAGGCUUUCUGCUGAUGUCCAAUCAGGAUGAGUAUAUCACACAGAUUGGUCAGUUCUUUGGGGAGGUGGAUCCAGUCGUGAUGAUCAGUCUGGUCAACACAUCUCUGUACUCCUUCAACAAGACCUACGACUACCAGUCAGUCUGCAACCCUGAGAGAGACUGCAAGGCUGCUGCAGGGCCACGAUCUGUCUACGUGCCCACUAUAGCAGACAUGCUGAGUAUAGGCUGGUGGGCCUCCACAGGUGCCUGGUCGAUAAUGCAGCAGCUCUUUAGUCUCAUAUUCCCAAGGUUCCUAGAGGCAGUGGACUCAGAUGAUGACAUGUCUGCUAACAUGUUUAAGGAGAGUUGUAUCACAGAGCAGACUCAGUAUUUCUUUGACAACGAAGAGAGAACCUACUCGGGAGUCCUCGACUGUGGAAACUGCUCCAGGAUGUAUCGAGCUGAGAAGCUGCCCAACACUAACCUGGUGUUUCUGAUCACUGAUGCCAAGACCACCUGUCUGUCCUGUGACCCCAGACCACUACGACAGGCAGAGCAACCAUCCCAAGGUCCAGAUCGCUGUGAGCUAGCUCAGAACCCCAGGUACAGGAAAGGACCUGAAGUGUGUUUCGACAACAACGUAGACGAGGAUGAUUCUGACUGUGGGGGCGGGACCUCUCUAAGCCCCUCCCCUUGGCCCAUGUUGGGACUCCAACUACUGCUGCUGUGGCUCCUCACUGGCCCCCGACACUCAUGACCCCUACACACACACACACACACACACACAUCUCAACCAGACAGUGUUUUACAUUGGACCGUUUUCUGACUCUCCAUCUCCUGAAUGUCAUCACUGAUCUGUUAACGCACUGCCAAUAUGGAAGAGAAGUCACUCUCCUGCUCUCCAAUCAUUCUCCAAAGCCAAAGGGGUGCUCUUUCCUCCCUCUCAUCUCUUCUCCACCAUGUUGACUGAGCUAUUCUAUUAUAUGGUGUAUUCUUUGGAGCUAACCAAACCCUUUAAUUCGUCAUCAUAAAUGUACUUAUAUGUUUUGGUUGGAGUAAGAGGGAGGUUGAGUGUCUGUCCUUUAUAAUUCACUGAUACAAAUGAUUUAGGCUUAGUUUCUGUUUAUGAUAUUUAUUAUACUGUACAGUACAUAAAAAAUAUAAUUAUGAAGACAACAAAACCUGUAACUGAAAUGGAAAGCAAAGUUAUUGAUAAUCCAACAGUUUUGAUUUACAGUUGAAGUCGGAAGUUUACAUACACUUUUGCCAAAUACAUUUAAACUUUUUCACAAUUCCUGACAUUUAAUCCUAGUAAAAGUUCCCUGUUUUAGGUA